AAUGACAGAGGCAGAGGCACAGAGAGAAAGAGAGGGACAGAUAGAAAGGGAGAGAGGGACAGACAGAAAACACAGAAGCUUGAAUCUUUUAUCCAUCGAUAGAACGAUGGAGAGGUGCAGCAACACGUCUUUCUCCCGGAAAAGAAGUUUUACGUUCGGCGCGUAUGGAGGGAUUGACAGGUUCAUCAGUGAUACUGAGAGCAGUAGGCCUGAGUCUCUCGGACACAGCAUUCUGGAUAUUUUAGACUCUCCAUCUAACGAGACCAAACCUUUCGUCCCUGCAAACCCCAACCAGAAGGUGACUGAGCUAUUCGAGAUUAUUGAAAAGCUGCAGGGCAGCAGAUUAGAUGAACAGCGCUGUGAGUUUCCUCCACCAUUUAAAUCACGGCUGUUAAAGAUAGGGGACAGUUUGCCCCUCAUUCUGCCUCCGAAAUCUGGAGGUUACUGGAUCGACCCUCCUUUGGACAGACAUGUUGAGACGAGUCCCACUUCUUCUAGUCCCUCGUUCGGCCUCGAGACGUACGACAUCAUGGAGAGAGACAGCGAGGCUAAAAUCUACCAGGAGUUUUUCAGACACAGGUACCAUCACUCAUUCACUGCAGUCGAUCCCUCACUUGGGCCACUCGUCCUCUCCGUCUGUCUGGAGGAGGAGGAGAACCGACUGAGGGUCAUUCUCAGGAUGAACGAGUGCUCUCUGCAUGCGACCUUCUCUGUCUUUCUCUUCCAAAACUUUCCUACAGCUGUAGAGCUUGCAAAGAUGCUGAGUGGCAGCGUGAGUGUGUCCAGUUUUGAAGUGGUCAGUUACCUGAAGGCUCCAGAGCUGAUUACAGCAUUUGAUGAACAUAGAGUGUCUCAAAACUUUAAAUUUGGGGUUUUAUAUCAGAAAGAAGGACAAUUAACAGAGGAGGACAUUCUCAGUAACAGUGAGGAGAGUGAGGAGUUUAAACAUUUUCUGUCUAUUCUGGGACAAACUGUUAAACUGCGAGGAUUUACCGGCUUUAGAGGGGGUCUGGAUGUUUCACAUGGACAAACAGGAAGUGAGGCGGUGUUUACUUCCUUUCAUGGCCGAGAGAUCAUGUUCCAUGUAUCAACUAAACUACCCUUUACAGAUGGAGAUACACAGCAGCUCCAGAGGAAGCGACACAUAGGAAAUGACAUUGUGGCAGUGGUGUAUCAGGAAGGCAGGACGCCGUUUCUCUGUGAUGUCAUUAGCUCACACUUUCUUCACUGCUUCAUCGCUGUGAGGAGGGUAAAGCGAGAAAACGGGUCAGAUGGAGGAGACGGCGGGGCAUUUCAGGUGUCCAUCACAGCAAGGGAGGAUGUGCCUCCAUUUGGUCCACCACUUCCAAACCCUCCCAUUUUUACAGAGGGUUCCGUGUUCCGUGAGUUUCUCCUGACCAAACUGAUCAACGCAGAGAUUUCGUGUUACAGAGCUGAGCGCUUCAGUAAACUGGAGCUGCGCACUCGCUCCUCUCUGCUGGAGGCGCUGAGAUCUGAGCUGUCCUCACGCUCUCAGUACAUGAUGGGAAACUCAGCACCACCCACCAGCACAGUGGCCCCACCUCCAGAGGGGGGAGGAGGAUUUAUUGAAAACUUUAAAAGAGCUAUAAGAGUGCGCAGUCACUCUUUUGACACCUUGGGAGUUGUGAAGAAGACAGGCCAAAAACAACGGGAUAGUGAGAGUGAAGCAGGACACUGCAGCCCACAGGAAGACAUGUAACAGCCACUCAAUUCCUAUCUGAGAGGUGAUAUAGAGACUCAACACUGAGACUCAGAAGCAGACAUGGAAAUAUUUCAUGAUUCAGGAUCCUACAGAUAUUUAUUCUGUGUUCUGUUUUAGUUUUAAGCUGCUUUACACCAAGAAAAAUCACAUCACAUGACUGAAGGUGUAGGCCAGUAAUUAGUGUUGGAUUAUGAAAUUGAGAGAACAAACGAAUGGUCUCUGUUUCAUAAAACAUCAAAUUAUUUAUAAAAAUACAAAGAAAUGGGAUUUUUUAAUAAAAAGAACACAGCAGAAAAUUUACAUUUAUUAUUAUAACAGAUUUGUAUAAAUUUUCAGUGAAUUUUCUCACCCUAAACAAUUUAUAAAAUAUAUUUAUUCUUAAUAUAAAACGAUAAUUACAUUUAUUAUUAUUCACAAAUAAUUGAUCAUCUGCACACCUUCACACUCCCCACCAUUCACACAAAUCCAUACACCCAAGCCUGUUAUUUUAGAUGAUUUAAUUGUAAAUAACUUUUUAACUGAGGUAACAUUUCCCCAAACACACAUUUACACCUACAUUAUGCUAACAAAUGUGUUUAUUCAUGUAUUUGUUAGUUAGUUAGUUGGUAUUUUUUAAUAAUAGAU